GUUUUUUUUUAAGUCUGGAGAUGAGGAUGGGUCAGGUGUCCAGGGGGACUGACUUACCCAGGAAUUUGGGAGAGGGUGGGGACUGGUGAAGCUAAUCGCGACAGGCCGGCCAAGGAAUGAAUGUCUCCAUGAUGGACUCCUGCAACCUGGCGUGGAAGCUGGCGUACGCCAUCCAUGGCCUCACCCCCGACUCCACAACCCCCUGCAAGCCCGAUGUCGUGCUGGACACCUACCACACAGAGCGCCACACCAUCGCGCAGCAGCUGAUUGAAUUCGACCGCGCCUUCUCCUCCAUGUUCUCGGGCCGGAUAGGCUCCGCAGAGGAUGGCGUUGGGCUGACCCACGAGCAAUUCCUGGAGGUGUUUAGCACGGGCAAUGGGUUCACGAGUGGGUGUCGGAUCGAGUAUCCCGACAAUCUGACGGUGCAGAAGACGCUGAACGGCGUGAAGAACCCGGUAGAGGGGACUGACUUCCUGACUGGUGUUCUCCGUCCGGGGCGACGGCUACUGGACGUCCAGUAUAAACGACACGCCGAUGGCAACCGACGCAACUUGCACGAUGACUUCUUGUCCGCAGGCCGGUUCCGCAUCCUCUGUCUCACGUCGUCCGAUCUCCUCGACCCCAAGGGGGUAUCUGCGCGGACCCUGCGCACGCUAGGAUCGUUUAUACUCCUCCGGUUCCCUGCGGUGAUCGAGCAGGUGGUGAUCCACCCGCGCCUAGCGAGGAGCUUCACCUGGCGCGACACGCCGGCAGAGCUGAAGAAGCACUCGGAGAUGCGGUUCUACAGCGGCUACGAAGUGGAUGACGUGUAUGGAAUCUACGGUGUGGACGUCGCGCAGGGAGCGUUGGCGGUGGUGCGGCCAGACGGAUAUGUGGGCACGGUGGCCGCGCUGGACGAGGUGACCCGAGUCGAGGCCUACCUGGAGGGGUGUUUACGAACCGUCCAGACCGUAUCUUGAUGCAGUCGAUAGAUCUUGCACGGCUAUAGAUUUGUACGACAACCCAUGGUCAGCUGGCAUUGGCUGGUCUCCGUCGUAUCUGACGGUGUAGCUUCGAUUGGACCCGUCAGAUUCUCAACCAGUCCGGGGGGGGGGGGAUAUACCUCGAUAGGCUGUUAGAUCCUGAAGAUAGAG